GCAAAUAUUUUUUUUAUUAAUAUUAACGUGUUUCUUAUUUUAAUCCCUUUAAUUACCUCCCCGCAUCGAUGCUUCAGACACGUCCCAUAGGAUCAUCUGCAAUUUUAAAAAAUCUGGGCGCGGCCUUUUCUAAAUUCACACUGCGCACACUGCCACGAGAGCAGGAAGUCGGAUGUAAAGGCUCAAGGCAGACCAAGGCGCAUCUUCCCCCUUCCGUUCUCCCGUGAGACCCUCGCACUGCAACCAGAUCGAAUGGAUCUCUGCUGGUGUAUGCUGGGACUCGAGCAACUCGAUCGAUGCAAUUCUUGACCGCUGGAGCAUCCUUUGCGCGCACGCACCUCACCUUCCGACCACAGCCAUGGCUCUAGAGAGCGCCGAAGCUGCUGCGCAGGGCCAACACCCGAUCAAACUCUCCCGGUACCGAUCCGUGCGACAGGCUGCCUCGCGACAGCGACAGCAAGAUGCGAACGCUGUCGUCCCCCCGGUUCCAAGUGUCAGCAAUAAAGCCGCCAUGCCACCUACGCCGUCGAGCGCAGUCUCCAGGAGCAGGUCCCGCUACCGUCGCGUGAAGCCGGUUGCGACUCCCUCCGCUCCACCACCACUCCCAUCCCUUGCGGGCAAUGCGGAUGGACGUCACCAUCCCGGUGGCCUUGACCACCAGACUGGCGGGUCCGGUUCUUCUGCGUCGCGCGAGAAGCGUUCUGGUUCCGGUACUCACGCUGAAGGACGAACAUCAGAAGCGGACGAGCUCAUUGCGAAGCAUCGACAGGACGCCAUGGAUCGCUUGACGGGCGCACGGAGUAGCAGCACGAGAUCGCGGUCCAGUUCCCGACGACCAGCAACGAGAGCACGGGACGAGCGCAGGGCUCCGGAGGACCGGCAAGCCCACGCGCAUGCGCAUGCACAGAGAAAGGAGGAGGCAUAUCCCAGGAAGGAAGCGGAGGAGCACGCCAACGGACACUCGUUCCCUGCGACCACCGAGGCGAAACAACAACUGUCGUUCAAAGAGCGCGUGGAGCUUGCAGGCACGAAGGGAACCGACCACAAGGCUAUCACCAAACAUGGAGGGCCGGGUGCCAACCUCAUCGAAGUAGGUGGAGGGGGAAUAGGUCCUGGCGUGGAUGCUCCCGUCUCCGCGAUCAAUGCUGGCGACAGAAGGGUUUGCGUGCAGUAUAGUGACUCCUCUAUCCUUCUACCGGUUACACCUUCAACGCACGCCAAGCGCCUGUUAUCCUCCGCGGCAAAUUUCCUGGGCAGUGGGAUCAACCCGGAAAACUUUAUCAUUAUGGAAUCCUUCAGUCAAUUCGCCCUCGAGCGGCCGCUACGCCGGUACGAGCAUAUACGAGACGUCAUGAAUUCAUGGACAUCCGAUCAGGACAAUUCCUUGAUUAUUGUUCCGGCGUCGAGUGAGGAUGCCAUCGACCAACUGGAUCUCAAAAGCGUUCCGACCCAUCCGCCGCCGGAGACAACGUUCUACCUUCACUAUUCCCAGCGCUCGGGGAAAUGGGACAAGCGAUAUGUGACUUUACGCGCCGACGGACAGAUCACGCUAUCCAAGAAAGAGAGUUCGAAGGAACAAACGAAUGCCUGCCACCUGUCCGACUUUGACAUCUACUCGGUUGCCGCAUACAGUCUUCCCAGGAAGGACAAGCCGCCGAAGCGAUUCUCAUAUGCUAUCAAAAGCCAGCAGAAGGCAAGCAUGUUCCUAUCAACGGAGGACUUUAUACACUACUUUACCACCAACGACGAUGGGGUUGCGAAGGGGUUCUAUAAAGCUGUGCACAUGUGGCGAAGCUGGUAUCUUGUUAAUAAAUUGGGUGCGGGUCAGAAGAAGGGUACAGAAGAGUCACCGGUGACGGGUUCUACCGGACCUCAGAGUCCUCGGCGGCACAGACCCAUGUCGUCUGAACUGUACCAGAUUGGAUCUUUCAAGCCGCUGAUAGAUCUCGAUGCCUUCGAGAACCGCCUCCGGGAGGGAGCGGAGGACCCAGGUUCCAGCAAUGUAGGGGGUUCCACCCAGCACAUGGGCUCUCGGGGGCGUUCACCAUCAGUGUCGUCUCCUACUAGCGAUGGCGGGAUAGAUUCCAAUUUACACACCGGCAUUAGCAACCUCAUAACAAUGGAUAAAGCCGGCGACGAGGCACCUUUCUCCGCAUCAGGUCUAUUAGGGCGAACCUACAGCCAGCGCCAGCAAAAGAUGCGAGAAAGGGAACAGCAAGACAAGAGGACAAACGAAGAGCCUUUCUUUUCUCAAGGUCUGAUACACUCGAAGUUCUGUGCUCCCUCGUCGUCGCAGGGUCCAGACAGGAAUCCGCGCAGCGCUUCAAACAGUCGCUCAAACACCAUGCGUUCGAUGCAGGGCCCAGAUCCCAGCGGCCUCAGACGGUCAGCUUCACAGAAGCAAAAGCCCCUAGUUGACCUUACUCCCCAGUACAAAGAACCACCGCAACAUAGCCACAAGGGUCACGGCGUCAAGGUCGAACCGGGAGUGGCUCUGAUUGACGCUGCUACCGGCCGUGACCCGCCUCCGGGGGGAGUAGUGAUCCCACCGGCGACGACUUGGCGUCGACCAAGAGCAUUAUCACCGCCAGUGCCACAGCUACAAAUCCAACCGAACACCGGCAACGACUUCAGAACCCGCCAGUUCUCCAACGCAACACGGGACGGCCAAUCGCCACAUCUUUAUCAGCGACAGCACUUUCACAGCGCGGCGGGAGGCACCCGAAGUGAUCAAGAACGCUCACCAGAGACGCCUUUCACGCCGGAUAGCCUGUUGGCCCGUUCCGGGUUGUCUUUCGCCGAACGUGGAAUACCCAAAGGCCACGGUGUAGCCACGGGUGACCGUAAUGCUAAAAAACCCAUGCUGGACAUGUCUGAAAUGAACCCAUUUGCUGAGGGUAGCUUGCUGAGAGAUUUAAAGGCCUAGCCGGGAGGCUGGACCAAGCGCUUUUUGGUUCAUAUUUAUCUUGGUUAUUUUUGUGUGUUGUUCAACGUUUUGCAUGUAUAUAUUGAUUUGGCAUCAAGAGUUUUGGCUUGAGUGGAUUGAUGCGAACAGCCCGGAGCUGGUUACUGCGUUCGCUUCUGUCUGCCAUAUGGAUACCUUUCAAUUGAAUCAUUCGAAUGCAUCUCGUGUUGCCCUUUUCCGUGAUAAUCAACAUGGCAUCAUCCACGAUGAUGAGGCAAACAAUGUACGAAUCACGCGAUGGCUUAAUUACUCCAGCAGAUGCUGCUAUGAUUGCUUGGAACAAUAUUAUGCCCCUCAUCAGUAAGCGCGGGGAAGUCCUGGCAUAACUGGCUGCUCCAAGUAUAAGAAGAGGCAUAAACGACUUCUUUUCUCC